UUCAUGAGCUACACCUUUGCCGUGGUAGGUUUGGUGAUUUGGCGUCGUUUUCUCCUGCGCCACAGGUGCGCGGUGGACAGAUCCGAGUGAGAUGGGUAAUUCAGACUCCAAACUGAACUUCAGAAAAGCGGUGAUACAACUUACUACCAAAACACAGCCAGUAGAGGCCUCUGAGGAUGUGUUCUGGGACCAGUUCUGGACUGACGUCAACCUGACAGCACAGGAUAUGUUUGCUCUGGUUCCUGCUGCUGAGAUCCGCGCUGUGAGAGAGGAGUCUCCAUCCAAUCUGGCAACCCUCUGUUACAAGGCAGUGGAAAGGCUCGUGUUGAACGCCGACUCAGGCUGUGUGUGUGAGAGAGACAGACAGACUGUACUGAGCUGCAUUCGUCUGUUGACUCGGAUUCUGCCGUAUAUCUUCGAGGAUCCAGACUGGCGUGGAUUCUUCUGGUCCACUGUACCAAAAGUGGGCAAGACUGUGGAUGAAAGCGAUGACGAGUGUACACGGCCGUUGGCGGAGUCUCUCCUCACAGCUAUAUCUGAUCUACUUUUCUGUCCCGACUUCACUGUCGAGAGCCACGGCAGGACCAGUGCGGAUGGCCCUUCUGAUAUCCAGUCCAUAGACAGCUGUGAGUUCAUCUGGGAAGCUGGUGUUGGAUUUGCCCAGAGUCCGCCUCUCAAUCACACCCAUGACUCCAGCAGGGCAGAGUUGUUGAAGCUUUUAUUGACGUGUUUCUCAGAAGAAAUGUACCAGUCUCCAUCUGACACACACACACCCAACCCCUGGGUCUCCUUCUUUUGCUCUAGAGAAAACCGACAUGCCUUGCCGCUCUUCACCUCUCUUCUUAACGUGGUAUGUGCGUAUGAUCCUGUGGGGUACGGCAUCCCGUACAAUCACCUGAUGUUCUCUGACCAGCGGGGGAUGCUAGCAGAGCUGGCGCUUCAGACUCUGAUCGUUUCACUGGAGCAAGAGCUCGUCGAUCACUCAAACACCAGCCCGAACCCGAGCACCAACACUGACACCUGCUCUGCUGAUUACAACAAGAACACAGCUGCUGAGGGAUGCCAGACAACAAGAGGUGAAAACCUGUUUGUUAACUACCUGUCUCGAAUUCAUAGAGAAGAGGACUUUCAUUUCAUUUUGCGAGGAAUCAGCCGGCUGCUCAAUAACCCCCUGCUGCAGACAUACCUGCCCCAUUCCUGCAAGAAAAUCCAGUUUCAUCAGGAGCUGCUGGUGCUUUUCUGGAAACUCUGUGACCUUAACAAGAAGUUCCUGUUCUAUGUGUUGAAGAGCAGUGAUGUGCUAGAUAUUCUGGUACCAAUUCUGUUCUACCUGAAUGACGCUCGCACCAAUCAGUCACGUGUCGGUCUGGUACAUAUCUGUGUGUUCAUCUUGCUGCUGUUAAGUGGAGAGAGGAAUUUUGGGGUGCGUCUGAAUAAACCAUACAGUGUGCGAGUGCCGAUGGAUAUUUCAGUGUUCGCUGGGACUCAUGCCGACCUGCUGAUAGUGGUUUUCCAUAAGAUCAUCACCAGUGGACAUCAGCGACUGCAGCCCCUGUAUGACUGUCUGCUCACUAUAAUAGUCAAAGUGUCUCCUUACCUGAAAAGUCUGUCUAUGGUAGCAGCCAACAAACUACUACACCUGCUGGAAGUUUUCUCAAGCCCGUGGUUCCUGUUCUGCUCACCUGUUAACCAUCACCUGGUUUUCUUUUUGCUUGAAGUUUUUAACAACAUCAUUCAGUACCAGUUCGAUGGUAACUUUAACCUGGUGUACGGCAUCAUCCGCAAACGCAACCUCUUUCACCAGCUGGCUAACCUGCCUACAGAUGUCAGCUCGAUCCAGAAAGCCCUGCAGAGGAAAAGAAGGAGCAACAGCACCCAUAAUGCCGUCUUCAUGGAGACCAACAACCCCUGCAACACUGCCUGUAGUGAAGCACCAUAUAAAACCACACCAGUGCAAACAGGCACUCUGAAUGCCAGCUUGAAGGCCAUGCCACGCAUUGAUAAACUAACAGAAACAUCACAGGUUUCUGAGGAUGGGACGACACUCUCCCUGCAGCAGAGUGACUCGACCCACAGCCAAUCAGAUCACAGCUCUGAGACACGAGUCAGAGACACUGAGCCGACCUCAGGUGAAGAUGAAGAGAAGUGUGAAACCGGAGAUUGUGAUGGGAGUCAGAAACGUCUGUCGUCUUCAUCAGACUGGGCUCCUACUCCAGACUGGGUCCUCUCCUGGAAGAGUAAACUUCCUCUACAGACUAUAAUGAGACUCCUGCAGGUGCUGGUGCCUCAGGUGGAGAAAAUCUGCAUAGACAAAGGUUUGACGGACGAGUCUGAGAUCCUGAAGUUUCUGCAGCACGGGACUCUGGUGGGUUUGCUGCCGGUUCCUCAUCCCAUCCUCAUCCGCAAGUACCAGGCCAAUGAGGGCACGGCUCUGUGGUUCCGCACAUACAUGUGGGGCAUCAUCUACUUGCGUAACGAGGAUCCUCCUGUUUGGUACGAAACUGAUGUCAAGCUGUUUGAGAUCCAGAGAAUUUAAUGACACCGAGAGAAUCAACUCAACAAAACUGACUCCAUCUUUCCAAACUGAACACAUUCACACAGAUUUCAUUCAACUUUCUCUCUAAAAUGUAAUUCAGUAAAAUCAAAGGUUUUGUUUUUCUGACGUUUUUGUGUUGUAUAUAUGAACUAAUGAAUGCAUUUACACUGCCCA